CGAACACAGACUCGGGACAUUAGUUAAGCACGACGAGAGGCACGGUGGAAGGCACGCACGAACUGGACAACUUCGGGACCGAGGGCAUCUUUAACUUCGGUUUGCAGCAUGCAGAGGGAUCAAAAACGGCCUCAUACCGCCGUAUCAUGAGCCCCGUGGCGCACGACGGUUGCCCAGCACAGCGGAAAUUACGACGUUGCAACGAUGAGUGACAUGCUGGAGGAUGGGCUACGCGAACAGCUGGCGGCCGCGCUGCUCGGUUGGGGUGGGGGCGACGGGGGCGGUAUGCAGCGAAAAUCCAGCGAGUCGACUGAUAAUGACGACUGCGACCGGGGGACGCCAAAAACCGAGCGAGCCCUCAGUGUAGGUCACCGACAGGGCUACAUACGCGGCCUGAUGGAAUAUGCGGACCAGCACGGCGACGGGACAGCGGUGGACGACGACAUCGACGCUGACUCGACCCACGACGCCAGCGACAGCUUUGACGCCGCGUCGAAAGCCGGCGGGCGGUCCCAAGGACGACCUCGAGAUACGAGCACGGCGGAGAGAUCGGCCCCAGCAGCAGCGGAGAAGGCGCUGCCGCCGCUCCCGGUCGACACACCUACACCGCUCGCCUCGCCAGGCUCGCCCCCACUGGAAAUGUCCUGCAGGAUAUCGCGGUUUCCCUUCUCCCACCCGUGCGAGGUGCCCGAGCUGAUGCCGGACCAAGAGGAUAUCCCGUCCGUGUCUGACCCUGUAACCCCGAGCGUCGCCACAGACGUCUUCCGUCCGCUUACCGAGGUCCUGUCACCGCACUUGGAGCUCGGCCCGUUCUCCAACCCAGCGUCCCAGCCCGAGCUCUACGACCGAGCGCCCAGGAUGGCCAUCAAGUCGUUCGUGUCCGACCUGUCGGUGCCGGAUGUGCCGGACAGCAUCCCGGAGGAGGAAGACGACGACGUGAACACGGACGGCGUCUCCAUGCUGACGCCCACCGAGGUAUCCUUCGACACCGGCGACGGCGAGUCUGGGUCGACCCAGGUUGACAAGCACGGAUUCCUCUCGGUCGACAACUCCCGGCCGUCGCAAAGCGUCAGCUCGUUGGGAAGCGGAUCGAUGAGCUCGAGCGAAUGGCGGCCCAGCCAGGCCAACGGCCCGCGGAAAUCAAUCAGCCUCUUCUCGCGCAGGCGCGGGCCGCUGGAGGAGGAGUGCCUGGAGAGGCGGUCUUUGACUCCGGCCCAGCUCAAUACACCGGGGCUGAGCCACCCUGGAGGUCUCUUUAGCCCCGGCCCCGCCUCGCCGACGUCGCCCACUUUGCCGUCGGCGUCCCCCAGCCGCGCCGAAGCCAGCAUGGCAUCCAGAUUCUUCCAGCAUAUGCCGUGGAUGCACGACUCGCGGCCAGGGAAGCCAGAAGCCGUGUUUGGGGUGGACCUGAAGGAGAGCAUCCGGGUCGCGCCCAUGAAAAUCAGGAUAUCGCACAAGGGCAGGAGCACGUCGUACAGGACGUUUCCGCUGUCGGUGUACAAGUGUUGCGAGUUCAUCCGUCGUGCAGGCGGCACCGACGGCGACAUCUUCGCCGCGCCCGGGAACGCGUACAACGUCUCGCAGCUCAAAGCCAUCUUCAGCCAGCCUCCAACGUACGGGGAACAUUUCCAGUUCGAGGGGAGCGACUACACCGCCUACGACGCCGCGCGACUCGUACUGAUCUUCCUCGAGGAGCUGCCGAAGCCGCUCAUCUCGCCAUCGGUCGUCAAGUCGUGGAUCCUGCUUGCGCGGCAAGCGGGGGCCAUCGAACCGCCCUGUCCGCGCGUCGAGACCGGGCUCGACUUCUGGACCGAGGCGCUGAACCGGCUGCCGACCGCCAACCGCAACCUGACCAAGCACCUGCUCACGCUCUUUGCCGAGAUCCUGCUCGCCGCAACGGGCGCCGUCACGGAGGCGGACGCGCGGCAGCUGGCGUCGACCGUCUCGCGGGCCAUGUUUCACCAGGACGCCGAGGGGCCGCUCGACAGCAAGAACAGAGAUGCCAAAAAGAAGCCGGUGCGCAGGAACGUGCAGCCGACGCUGGCGCUGGCCUUCCUCAUCAAGAAGCGCAGCGAGUACGCCAUCCGGCUGGACGAGGCCUCGAAACGCGACAUGGCCAAGCGCGAUUCCAAGCUGUUCCUGCCCAGCACACGCGAGAUGAUGGAGUGGAAGGAGAAGAGUGUAGCGGGCGCGUGAUAAGUGACUGUGGCGUUUUAUCCUGCCGACCGGCCUAAGUAUCAUAUGGGGGAGGAUCAUGGCUCGCUUAGAGAUACCCCGUUUCCUUGUCCGGCUGCUCCAAUGCUUUGUGUCUUGUUUGCUCUCUUGUCUGCAUAGCUUUUGAGGCGGUGUUGACGGUGUUGUAGUUGGAAACGUGGGAGCAGCAUAUACGGCGUCUGAAUUGUCUGCUACAUACUCCCCAUUUUCUUCUGAAUAUUUAUGGAAGUGGAGGGCUUAAUGGUGCGUGGCGUAUAUAUAUGUACGUACAUAAUGAAACGGGUUAGCAUGUUGGGGUAGAUACACUGGAGGGGGCAAUUAUCUCAUGUUAAUGUUUAUGGCGUUUCUUGGAUUUUUCCACCCCUGGAUCUUUGACUGAGUCUCGUCGCUGGCCCAUUUGACG